GAAUGAGCUCUUUUCCUUUCUCCGCCAUCGUGGUGUGUUCUUGACUCCGCUUCUCGCCAUGUCUUCUCACAAGACUUUCAGGAUUAAGCGAUUCCUGGCCAAGAAACAGAAGCAAAAUCGUCCCAUUCCCCAGUGGAUUCGGAUGAAAACUGGAAAUAAAAUCAGGUACAACUCCAAAAGGAGACAUUGGAGAAGAACCAAGCUGGGUCUAUAAGGAAUUGCACAUGAGAUGGCACACAUAUUUAUGCUGUCUGAAGGUCACGAUCAUGUUACCAUAUCAAGCUGAAAAUGUCACCACUAUCUGGAGAUUUCGACGUGUUUUCCUCUCUGAAUCUGUUAU